AUGCGGCAAUGCCUCACGAAUCCUGACGGCGGGUAUUAUACUACGAAUCGACCAUUCAAGGAGUCCGCGGACCAAUUUGGCACAGCUGGUGACUUCGUUACUUCACCUGAAAUAUCACAGGUAUUUGGAGAACUAGUAGGCAUAUGGUUCAUGACAGAAUGGAUGGCGCAGGGUCGGUCAAAAGACGGUGUCCAGUUCAUCGAGAUGGGACCUGGAAGAGGAACCCUAAUGAGUGAUGUCCUUAGGACAAUCGGGCAGUUCCGCAGUUUCGCAAAUGCCAUACAAGCUGUCUGGCUUGUAGAAGCUGGUUCGGGAUUGAGAAUGAAGCAAAAGGAUCUACUCUGUGGUGAAGAAGCCCAAAUCAAAGAAAUUACAGACGACACUGGAAAGAAUAAGUGGUGGGAGGCAACCAGCAAGCAGGGAAUCCCUGUAAGAUGGGUUGAGGACAUUGUGCUAUUGCCCAAAAGACGGGGUGAAGCCAGCACGCCAUUCAUCAUUGCCCAUGAGUUCUUCGAUGCGCUCCCGAUCCAUGCGUUCGAAUCUGUUCCGCCUAAAGCAGAAGAGCAACAGCAGCAAGAUGGAGACUUGCAAACUGUGAACAAUGAUGGUCAGCCCAUCUCAAAGCCCUCUGCGACUAGUAAAAUCCCGCAAUGGAGAGAGUUACUAGUGGCACCAACGAAUCCAAAGUUCAGUAUUCCUCUUUCCCCCGAAACCACAAAGCCAGAUCAAAAUAAGGAACCUGAACCUGACUUCCAGCUCAUGCUUGCCAAGGCGAGCACACCGAGCUCUUUGGUGAUUCCUGAGCGACCCCGAUACCGCACUCUCAAGAGCCAAGCGUCCUCGCGCGUUGAGAUCUCUCCGGAAAGUUCGAGAUACGUGCACGCUUUUGCCCGAAUGAUUGGCGGUGGUGAUGGGAAGACAACAUCCAAGCCUGCCGGCGCCGCACUGAUUAUCGACUACGGACCAUUGGAUACCGUACCGGUCAACUCUUUGCGUGGCAUUCGAAAGCACAAGAUCAUCUCGCCUUUUGUGCAUGCCGGGGACGCGGAUAUCAGCGCCGAUGUCGAUUUCGAAGCUCUUGCUGACACCGCCCUCGAAGCUAGCUCUGGAGUGGAAGUCCACGGACCCGUCGAGCAGGGAAUGUGGUUAUCGCAGCUUGGCAUUCAGGAACGGGUACAGCGAUUGAUCGAGGCAGUAGAGAAGGAGAACUCCGCCAAAGAGCUUGAAAAGAAAAGGAGAGACUUGGAAGCUGGGUGGAAGCGGCUAGUUGAGGGAGGGCCAAUAGGGAUGGGCAAGGCAUACAAAGUCAUGACCAUAGUGCCUGAGAACGGGGGGAAAAGGAGACCCGUUGGGUUUGGAGGUGCCGUCGUUGGCUGA